AUGUCGACGGCUAUAGCUGUCAGCGACGCCCCUACCUCGCUCGCCAUCUCCCCCAACCUAGAUGCGCUGCUCGAGCACGAUGAGCGGAUCCGGCAGCUCACGACGGUCGAGGUGCCGAUUGCUGGGGGGGAUCUAAGUGCGCCAUGGAGUGCUGUCUCUUUGGUGGAAGAGGUCAUCCACACCAGUCUACCCCCACCCCCGCGGAGGCGAAGACCAGCGACAGCGCCUAACAGCCCGGCAUAUCAUAAAGAUACGAGCCAGUGGCUGACGAUGUCGCCACCCUCCGCACAGAGCACCAUCCGCACCUUCAUCCGCUCUCCUGCUGCCUCGAUAUCGAGCACAUCCGACAACAACCCAUUCAUCAACCCUGCCCCGUCGCUGGAAGAUCUCAAGCGCCUGCGCAGACCGCGGCCCUCGCCCUCUUCCUCGCUUGCCGGCGCAUCGACGGGAAAUAGUUCGGUAGAAGCGCGCGCUGACAGCCCUUCCACUCCCCGCCCCCCAUCUCGCGCACGAGCAUCCCCUAUAGCGACCCGCGCAUCACCCACAACUCCGAGGACACCAACGCACGUACCGACAACGUCGUUGCCAGAGAAACUGGCCCCCAAACGACGCGUAGGAUCGGGCGCGGGAGGUUCGUGUACGUGGCGCCAGUCGGGCCAUCGCAAAACGGAGAGCGAGCCCGUGCAAGGGUUGAAUACGACGAUACAGACGCCUCUCAAAUUACGCGAACGCGCGCGUUUGAAGGGGAAGCUGCUGAAAUUGAAGGGGACCGGGACCAGUCACUGCAUACAAGGCGCUCUCGGGGGAGAACCACUCGAAAGGUACCGAGUCAGCCGACGAGGAGGAGGGCCGGCAAUUCGAAAUUCUGGAGAUCACCGCCACAGCCGGCGGAGUAGCUAG